UAAAACAACUUUAAAACAUUCUGGUUCGUACUUCUGGACGCUUCUGUUCCCGACGACCCCAGUGGGGAUUUAGGGAAACACGGCUAGGUUUUCCACGAUCUGCUAGCAAUUUUCUCAUAGUCAGUACUUUUUUUUUCUUCUUCUCCCACUAGUGCUGCUUCAACGUGGAACAAGAUUUGCCAUCUCUGUUUUAAGUCACUGUUUAGCACACACACAAAAAUCCACAGUUCACAUUUUCUAAAUUUAACCUUCACGACGGUGGUAGUCUGAGCUAAGAACCGCAUGAAUUUGAAAUGAAAAUCGUGUCGCCGCUUUUCUAAACAAAAAGGAACACCACAGCCUCCAGAGCAGCGAGCCCAGCAUGCCCAUCAGACGGUUUGGGGGUCACAGGUCUCUCGUUUCUUGUUCUUCGACCACUAGAUUAUCGUAUGGUUACACGAGGAAAAUGAACAUUUCAAGAAGUGGCUACCGUGUUUUCACCGCCAACUCCAGCACAGCCUGCACCGAGCUGGCCAAGAAGAUCACAGAACGGUUGGGCGUGGAGUUGGGCAAAUCAGUGGUUUAUCAGGAGUCCAAUUCAGAGACUAGAGUUGAUGUCAAAGAAUCUGUUCGUGGACAGGACAUCUUUAUUAUUCAGACCAUUCCCAGAGAUGUUAACACAGCCAUCAUGGAGCUGCUSGUCAUGGCUUACGCUCUGAAGACCUCAUGUGCCAAGAACAUCAUCGGAGUCAUUCCAUACUUUCCCUACAGCAAGCAGUGUAAGAUGAGGAAGAGAGGAUCUAUUGUCUGCAAACUGCUUGCUUCUAUGCUCGCUAAAGCUGGGCUCACUCACAUCAUCACCAUGGACCUUCAUCAGAAGGAGAUCCAGGGCUUCUUCAACUUCCCUGUUGACAACCUGAGAGCUUCACAUUUCCUGAUCCAGUACAUCCAGGAGCAGAUUCCAGAUUACAGGAAUGCUGUAAUUGUUGCAAAGUCUCCUUCAGCUGCUAAGAGAGCUCAGUCUUAUGCAGAGAGGCUGCGACUCGGACUGGCUGUGAUUCAUGGGGAGGCACAACAUUCAGAGUCAGACAUGGCAGACGGUCGACAGUCUCCCCCUCUGUCCCGAGUCUCCACAGGACAUCCUGGCCUGCAGCUGCCAUUGUUGAUGGCGAAGGAGAAACCACCCAUCUCUGUUGUCGGAGAUGUUGGAGGCAGAAUCGCCAUCAUUGUUGAUGACAUCAUAGACGACGUGGAGGACUUUGUCGCAGCAGCAGAGAUCCUGAAGGAGAGGGGAGCCUAUAAGAUCUACGUCAUGGCUACACAUGGACUACUGUCUGCUGAGGCACCCACACUAAUAGAAGAGUCUGCAAUUGAUGAGGUGGUGGUGACCAACACCGUGCCUCACGAGGUGCAGAAGCUGCAGUGUCCAAAGAUCCGAACCGUAGAUGUGAGUCUGGUCCUGGCUGAGGCCAUCCGGCGCAUCCACAACGGAGAGUCCAUGUCCUAUCUGUUCCGUAACAUCACUGUGGACGACUGAGGACACGCAGGAGACAUUUACAUUCCUUCAUACACACACAAAGCAAACAUUUCCACACAAGCAGAUUGAAAACUAAAUGGUUUGAAUCUGUUGUUCCUGUUUGUGCAGCUGAUAGAACAUGUUCUGUGUGAGCCAUGAGCAGAAAACUGUCAACUGUUUCUGCUUUUUACCACAAGAAAACAAAAAUAGCACAUGUAUCUCAUGCAGCCUUUAUACUCUGCAGAAUACCAUGAAUAAAGCUGUUGCUCCUA